AUGGACUUGCUCUGGGCAAUCACGACUGUAGCUUGCCUGACUCUCCUGUUCAAGCUCACCCAGGUAUGUUCUUGAGCUCCGGAUGCAGUCCCUUUGUUCAUCGCUUGCUCAUUGACACAGUUGGCAACCCGUCCUCGAAGCGCCCUCGCGCAUAUCCCGGGACCAUGGUACGCCAAGUACACUUCGCUUGGCUUUACUUUCAAUGCUUUGGUACCGCGAAUACAUGUAUACGUCGACGACCUGCACCGCGAAUACGGUCCAGUCGUGCGCAUUACACCUGAUAUGGUAGCAAUCGCCGACCCCGACGGCGUAGCAGACAUUUUUCGCUCCAGUCGGGGAUAUCUCAAGGGUCCCGUGUACGAGUCGCUACUACGUAGUUUCUUUGCUACUAGAGAUCCUGUGUUACACGGUCAGCGACGUCGACUAUUCGCCCGGCCACUGGCAAAUUCGUCCCUUCAAGCUUUCUGGGCGGACGAGAUCCGUGAGCGUGUGACGCUGACAGUGCAGCGAAUUAAGAGUGAUGCAGAGAACAACGGCGAAGGCGACGCUUACAAAUGGUGGAACAUCAUGGCCAACGAUGUUAUCACCAGACUCUCCUUUGGGGAAUCUCUUUUCUUAUUGGAGACCGACGAAGUGAGCUUUGAUUCCUCGCCGCCAAGGUGUUUUCUAACCCGCUUCUAGCAUCUUCCUUAUAUCGAGGCUGUAAAGAAAACCAUAAGGUGUUCUUCGCUCAACCGCAACUUUCCCAGAAUCAUGCCAUGGCUGAAAUACUUGCCGAUUCCUCGAUUGCAGGAAAUACUGCAGGCAAGACCAAAGGUUGAAAGGUAUACAGCGAAAGCAGUACAGAACUUCCGCACGCACGGCAAGCAGCAGAUCGCAGAUAACAUCAGCCGGAAUAUCUUCACGCAAAUUGUGGCUCAAGCCGACAAGACGGAUAAUGACGCUAUCCAAGUGAUCACCGACGAGGAUGUGCACGACGAAGCUCUCACGUUGAUGCUUGGUGGCACUGACAGCACCUCCUCUACCCUGACCUACGCCACUUGGGCCGUGCUCUCCCAUUCCGAGAUACGAGAUGAGCUGGAGCAAGAAGUUGCCGCUUUGUCUGACGACCUCUCGCCAAAGGAGCUGGAGCACGCUCGUCUUCUGAAUGCGGUUAUACAUGAGACGUUGCGCUUGUAUGGCCCUGUCUCUGUCGGUCUACAACGAGUCGUGCCGCCCGGUGGUGCUCGCAUUGCGGGUUUUGAUCUUGCUCCUGGGACUUUGGUAUGGCCGCAGAUGUACGUUGAUUCGCGCUCUGUUUACACCAUCAAUCGAACUUCAGGCUGA